UCACGGCCUCUUUAUCUCUUCAGUUUCGAUGCUUUCCGUUCACUCUAAUUAGUUGUGUUGUGUUCAGCCAGAUUCAAAAUUCCACUUGGAAUCUCUGAUUUGUCUUGUUGUUCUUCUCUGGUGUCUCUAUUUCCGUGUCUUAUCUUCCUGUUUGUUUGUGUGGUGUGUGAUGGGCGUGUGAAGUGAAUGUGAAUUGUGAAAAGUCUCACCUUUGGGGUCAUUCAUGAUUUGUUCUGUGCAUUGGACUGAAAUCUGAAGAUGGGUGUUCGUUGUUAGCCACUGAGAUUGUGAACAUUGAUUUGAUUUGGUGGAGAAAGAUGAAGGAUUUUUGUGGGACACCUGGCACUUUUCUUGGGCUGGUUCUUAGGAUGUCACAGUUCAUUUUUGCUGCUGGGUCUAUUGCUUCCAUGGCUACCACAACCAGUUUCUUUAAUUUGACUGCUUUUUGUUACUUGAUAGCUUCAAUGGGUUUACAAAUCAUUUGGAGUUUUGUCCUUGCUUUAUUGGAUGUAUAUGCUUUGGCAAGAAAGAAGGUCCUCCUCAACCCAGUACUAAUUAGCCUCUUUGUGGUUGGAGAUUGGGUAACAGCAACACUAUCUCUGGCAGCAGCUUCUGCCUCAGCUGGCAUCACAGUUUUGUACUUUCAUGAUCUGGGACACUGCCACUUUGGUGAGGAGUGCCAAAAGUACCAGAUUUCGGUGGCACUAGCAUUCUUAAGCUGGAUUUCAACUUCAAUAUCAUCUUUAAUUAUGCUUUGGCUAUUAGCUGCCGGGUAGCAAUCUUUUCACAAGAAUGCCCUCAUCUUCCAGCCAAAUUUCAUCUUGUUGAAAAAUUUCUCUUCAAUUUGUUAAUAGAAAAGGAAUCACGGUAACGCUGUGCUCUGAAAUUUAAUUUGGAUAGCUGCAGAAUGCAGAUUGUAAAGGAAAGAAAAAUGUAUAUAUGAUUUUGCCAUGCAAAGAUAUAAACCUGGAUGUUUACACGAAAGACAAAAUUUAGAUGCAAUUUCUUAAGUGUUUUUUUGUGUUAUUUUCUAAUUAGAAUUGAAAUUUCAUCUUGAUAAUUUGCACAAUAAAUGUUUACGAUUAAUGUCAGCAUUGGUUCUCAAGAUGAAACUUUAAUUCCGAUUAGAGAAUAGUGCUAAAAGAACUCAAGAAACUGCAUCUAGUUUUUGAACUUACAUGAAAUUGGGUUGCUAAUGCUAGUACAUGCUUUUGUUACACGAUUUUACAGCCUUCAUUGGGACAAGUGUAUGUUAGAUACUUCAUAUUUGAAAAGGCUUAUUCUGUUAUGAUUGUCCUCA